UCCUCGUCUGCCUCUCUCCCUCCCUCUCCUCUCCCUCUGUACAUAACCCCCCAAAACCCACACUCACAGCAUGCAAAACAGACAAGAUCAUAUCUUUCGUCUUGUGAACCUGUGAGACGUUGAGUAGGUGGAGGGUUUCGUUUGGAAUUUCCCUCCUCUGCCUCUCCCUCUCCCUCUGUACAUGAACCCCCAAAACCCACACUCACAUGCACACUAAUCAGACAAUAUCAUCUCUUUCCUCUCGCAUAGUGUGAACCUGUGAUACAUUGCACGCAGAGAGGUGAUAAAUUAGCAUUUUGCUGAUUUUUUGUGCUCAAUAUAUUGAUUCAAACAACUGAAGGGUACAGAUGGAAACUGGAGACCCUUCAGCUGUAGCUGUGAGAAAGGUAACCAUUACACCCAAGGCUAUUAUACACCAGAAAUUUGGAACCAAUGCGUGCUACAAGGUUGAGGAAGUACAAGAGCCCGUUCAAAUUGACUGCCCUGGAUUGGUAAUCCCACAAAAGGGCCCCUGUCUUUACCGCUGCCACUUGCAGCUUCCUGAAUUUUCGGUCGUUUCCGAAAGUUUCAAGAAGAAAAAAGAUGCUGAGCAAUCUGCUGCUGAGAUGGCGUUAGAAAAGCUGGGCAUCAAACCAGCUACAGAUAGUCCCUCUGUCGAGGAUGCAUGGGAUGGUUUAAUUGCUCGUGUGUCGCAUUUGUUUUCUGAUGAGUUCCUUCCAUCCCUCCAUCCACUUGGUGGUCACUUCAGAGCAGCUUUGCGGAGAGAUGGUGAUCUUUAUGGUUCCAUUCCUGUUUCUGUCACUGCUGUGUGUGAUGCAAAAAUAAGUAAUUUAUGUAGAUUGAUUAAUCCUAAGGCAGACUCGAAUCUCUUCAUGGUCAUCUCAUUUAUUAUGAGGGCUGCUGCAAAAUUAACCGAGUUUGUUGUCACUUCAAACGGGCAACUUUCAAUUAAGAGAAAAAAUCCAUACCCAACCGAGAUCAUCGAAUCAUCAACUAUUGAGGAAUCUGUUUCUCCUGAAACCAUAUUGGUUGAAGCUUUACAUGUUCCUUAUUCAUUGGAGAAAACCGUUCAGCCAGUAACUCUAAACAUGUCCUCAAGUGGAUACUACAUGGACGUUAUUGCACAAAAACUUGGUUUAACAGAAGCCAGCAAGGUUCUGGUGUCAAAGAAUAUUGGAAAAGGUUCUUCCGAUACAAGAUUUUACUUUGCUGCUCCUGAACCAUUUCUGUUGGAUCUGUCAUCCGAUCAUUUACAUGUGAAACUUCAUUCUGAAGGAUCUUUAAAUGCAAGGGCGAGUUACAUCUGUGGUCAGGAUAUAUAUGGUGAUGCAAUAAUGGCAUCUGUUGGAUACACGUGGAGGUCCAAGGAUCUUUUCUCUGAAGAUAUGUCCUUGCGAUUGUAUUACAGGAUGCUUAUAGGUAAGACACCAAGUGGAAUUUACAAGUUGUCUAGGGAGGCAAUACUUACAGCUGAGCUGCCCUCUGUUUUCAGUAUGAAGACAAAUUGGAGGGGCUGCUUCCCAAAGGAAAUCCUUUCCAUGUUCUGCCGUCGGCACCGGCUAUCCGAGCCUGUCUUCUCUUUUCUGAACGUACCUUCAAAAGAAAUAUCUGAGUCAUCAAGAUCACUCAAGAAACCGAAGGUUAUUGAGCCGGCUGAAGAUGAGAUAAAACUGUCUCAAUCAUUAAGAUCUGAAAGCUCAUUUAGGUGUGAAGUGAAAAUAUUUUCUAAGUCUCAGGACUGGUUGAUACAUUGUUCGCCUAAGGAAAUUUAUAAGAAGCAGAAUGAUUCUGUCCAUAAUGUUUCUUUGAAAGUUCUUACAUGGUUAAAUGCAUAUUUUACUGGUAUUCCUUUAGAGAAGCUAAACCAAUGGGCUGAUGCCCUUGACAUUCGCUUCUGUACCAAAAACUUUCUUGAAGUGUUUGUGUUGUGCCAACCGGCUCCCAACGUUGAGAACGGUGAGAUUCAAGGAAUUUUCCACGUAUCAAAAGAUACUGUGGCAGGAUCUGGAGUUUGCACUUUGAGUAUAGAAGGUCGAGAUUGUGGAGUCUGUCCUUUGAGUGGAUCCUUAUUGUGUAUAAGUUAUUCUGUGUUCCUGAUCGCAGAAGGUGAAAAUGUGAAUGUGCAUCUAGAAAGUAAUGAUGAGUUUGAAUUUGAGAUGGGGAAUGGUACAGUGAUUCCUCAACUUGAAACAGUUGUGACACAGUUGUCUGUUGGCCAUUCUGCUUGUUUCAAUAUAAAUGUACCCUCUCAAGAACUUGUCUUAGGUGCAGCUGCUGACUCUGCAACAACUCUUUAUUUGUUGGAUUCAAAAAUCUGCUGCUUGGAGUACCGUAUUACAUUGUUACGCAUCACAGAACCCUUGGAGGAAAGAAUGGAACAGGCACUUUUUAGUCCCCCUCUUUCAAACCAGCGAGUGGAAUAUGCAGUGAAACAUGUUAAAGAAUCUUGUGCCAAUACUUUGGUUGAUUUUGGAUGUGGCUCUGGAAGUUUAUUGAGUUCUUUGUUAGGCUAUACAACUUCUCUGGAGAAGAUUGUUGGUGUUGACAUAUCGCUGAAAGGUCUCAGCCGAGCUGCAAAGAUCCUUCAUUCAAAACUAGGCACAAAGUCAGAUGCUGAUGUACCUUGUGUUGGCAUCAAGUCUGCAGUCCUCUAUGACGGUUCAAUCACAGAUUUUGAUUCUCGAUUGUUUGGAUUUGAUAUUGGAACUUGCUUAGAGGUGAUUGAACACAUGGAAGAAGAUCAGGCCUAUUUGUUUGGUGAUGUGGUGUUAAGCUCAUUUCGUCCCAAGAUUCUUAUCGUUUCAACCCCAAAUUACGAGUACAAUGUGAUACUCCAGGCGUCUAACAUCAACGGGCAAGAGGAGGAUCCAGAAGAGAAAACCCCGUCACAAGCUCCUAAAUUUCGAAAUCAUGAUCACAAGUUUGAAUGGACUAGAGAGCAGUUCAAUCGAUGGGCUUCUGAAUUAGCCACAACAAACGGUUACACUGUGGAGUUCAGCGGAGUUGGUGGUUCAGGCGAUGUUGAACCCGGGUUUGCUUCUCAGAUUGCUCUAUUUAGAAGGCCACUCCAGUCUCCGGAUAAUGUUUCUCUGCACGAAGAUGCUGCAGAAUGCUACAAAGUUAUAUGGGAGUGGCAUAGGGAAUAGAAUAUAUAGGUUAAGUUUCUGGUUUUUGACAGUAGAUAGCAUGAACAAAAAUGUUGGCAUAGAAAGGCCAACAAUCUCAGCUCUAACCUGCUAAUUUUUAUUUAGUACCCAGUUUUAAAAAAAUGGUAAUUUCUUGAUUUGGCUAGACAUUUUAUCCUCAUCUCUUAAAGAAAUCUAAUGAUCAUUGGUUACA